UUCGGAAUCGGAAUUACGUGAAUAUAUUUAAAGAAAAAACCGGAUUAAAAAUCACCGUCCUCGCCGGCGGAUCGUUAGAAUCGGCAGCAAGCGGCAGUAGUAGCGCGAGGCACAUCGAGAACACCGCAGCUCAGCCAUGAGAGACGAAUUGAAGUACCUGUCGGGCUUCGGCAACGAGUUCAGCAGCGAGGACGAGCGCUGGCCGGGCUCGCUGCCCCUGGGCCAGAACAGUCCCCAGCGCUGUCCGCGGGGCCUCUACGCAGAGCAGCUCUCCGGCACGGCGUUCACCUGCGGCCGCGCCGAGAAUCGUCGCAGCUGGCUGUAUCGGGCCAGGCCCUCGGUCUGUCACGGGCCGUUCGAGCCCGUCGCGGGCGAGUCGGCGCCCGAGCACCUGACCGCCGACUGGGACAGGACACCGCCGAAUCCGAAUCAGCUACGAUGGAAGCCGUUCGAGGUGCCGACGCGCCAGGACACCGACGAGGUGGACUUCGUGCGUGGACUGCACACGAUCUGCGGUGCCGGGGAUCCUCGCACGCGCGCCGGCCUGGCCGUGCACGUCUAUCUGUGCAACGCCUCGAUGCGCCGCAAGGCCCUUUACAACUCGGACGGCGAUUUUCUCAUCGUACCGCAGCUGGGACCGCUGCUCAUCACCACGGAGUUCGGCCGCAUGCGCGUCGAGGCGAACGAGAUCUGCGUCGUGCAGCGUGGCAUGCGCUUCUCCGUCAAGGUGUACGGGCCGUCGCGCGGCUACAUCCUCGAGGUCUACGACAAUCACUUCCAGCUGCCGAAUCUCGGGCCCAUCGGCGCCAACGGCCUGGCCAAUCCGCGCGACUUUCUCACGCCCACGGCGCAUUACGACGACGAGGACGAGGAUGAGGUCGACGAUUAUCUGAUAAUCAACAAGUAUCAGGGCAGACUGUUUCGGGCCGCGCAGCGUCACAGUCCGUACGACGUGGUGGCUUGGCACGGCAAUUACGUGCCCUACAAGUACAAUCUCGAGCGGUUCAUGGUCAUCAACUCGGUGUCGUUCGAUCAUUGCGAUCCAUCGAUUUUUACGGUACUCACCUGCCCGUCGGACAAGCCCGGCACGGCCAUCGCCGAUUUCGUGAUAUUCCCGCCGCGUUGGUCGGUGCAGGAGCACACCUUCAGACCGCCCUACUAUCACAGGAACUGCAUGAGCGAGUUCAUGGGCCUGAUCAGGGGCAGCUACGAGGCCAAGGACCGCGAGGGCUUUCAGCCGGGCGGCGCGAGUCUGCACUCGAUGAUGACGCCCCACGGCCCGGACGCGGCCUGCUACGAGGCCGCCAGCAGCGCCGAGCUGCGCCCGGAGCGCGUCGCCGACGGCACCCAGGCCUUCAUGUUCGAGACGUACUACGGCCUGGCCGUGACCGAGUGGGCCCUGCGCGGCUGCCAGAAGCUCGAUCCCAAGUACCAAGACUGCUGGCGGGGCUUGAAGAAAAAUUUCAAGACCACGGAGAAGUGAGAGAGAAAAAAAAUAGUAACGACGAU